UACAGGUUUACGUCAUAUGUAGCACAGCGUUAUUAGCCGAAAGUUUAGUAACAUUAGUGCCUCGAUUUUACAAGCUAACAUGUCUGAAUCUUUGCUUCGUUGGUGCGUCGACCAGUUACAUAACAGCUUUGGUUUAGAGGCAUGCGAUGACAUUGUUCAGUAUAUCUUGUCAAUUGACAAUGAUGAGGAAAUAGCCGAAUAUGUUGGGGACCUGCUCGGAGGGACGGAUGGGAAGAAGAAGCUGUUCAUUGACGAGCUAGUGAAGAGAUGGAGGAGUUUCAAGCAAGGGGCCCCUGAAAAUACAAAUCUCAUUUCCAUGAGGGUGUCAACAGACUUUCCAGACAUGACGAAGGAUACACAGAAGAAGUCCAAGCGGAAAGGAAGAAACAAGCAAGAAUUCAUUACUAUUAAUCAAGCAGAGCCUGAGCCGGAGAUAGUCAAAACUCCUAUCGACCUACUCAAGGCACAGGAGAACAGCAGUUCAUCCUCUGGGAAGAAGAAGACCAGAUAUGUAAAUCUAUAUGCCAAGGAGGGUCAGGACCGCUUGGCUAUUCUCCUACCAGGACGGCAUGUAUGCGAGUGCCUGGCGCAGAAACACAGCCUCAUCAAUAACUGCAUGACCUGUGGGCGCAUCGUCUGUGAGCAGGAGGGAUCUGGUCCUUGCCUCUUCUGUGGCACUUUGGUUUGUACAAGAGAAGAGCAAGAGAUUCUACAGCGGGAUUCCAAUAAAAGCCAGAAACUGCGGAAAAAGCUCAUGGGAGACCGAGUGGCGCUAUCAGAGGACAUGGACUAUCUCCCCCACCAGGAGUCCAAGAUCAAAGCAGGGUUGGAGAAAGCUGUGCAGCACAAGGAUAAGCUGCUUGAGUAUGACAAGAACAGCGUACGCCGAACGCAGGUCCUGGACGAUGAGUCGGACUACUUUGCGACGGACUCCAACCAGUGGUUGUCUCCAAACGAGCGGGCCGCUCUGCGAAAGCGUGAGGAAGAGCUGCGGGAGAUUAAACACGCCUCCCGCAAAGACCGCAAGAUCACACUGGACUUUGCUGGACGCAAAGUGGUGGAGGACGAUGGGAACCUCAAGCAGUACUAUGACAAAUUAGAUGAGACUGUCCAGGCCAUGAACGCUGGAUCUAUGAGCCUGACCAACAGGAGGCCGGAGAGAGCAGAGGGCGAACCACUCCGAGAUCUGGUCAACCCUAACAUUGUCCAGUCAGCACCACAGUGGGUGGACGUGAGUGUUGGCGAGAGCUUGCGUCUGCCCCAGCAGGGUAAUGUCUCCGGGGGGAAGCUGGCCCAGGUCCAGGCCCAGGUGCGCUCCAGGCUGCGGCUGCAGGACAAGGAGCUCCAGGAGAUGGCCGACGGAGGCUGGUGCCUCAGCAUGCAUCAGCCCUGGGCCACGCUGCUCGUCAAGGGCCUCAAGAGAGUGGAGGGCCGCUCGUGGUAUUCUUCCCAUCGAGGCCGUUUGUGGAUUGCUGCUGCUGCCAAGCGGCCCACGCCUCAAGAGGUCGCCCAGGUGGAGGCUAUGUACCGUCAGAUCUACAAAAAAGCCCCCCGGUUCCCCCAGGAGUACCCGACCGGUUGCCUGCUGGGCUGUGUGCACAUGACCGACUGCCUCUCCCAGGACCAGUUCAGAGAGCAGUACCCCCAGAUCUCCGAGGAGUCGGCGGCACCAUUCGUCUUCAUUUGUUCCAACCCCCAGGAGCUGAUAGUAAAGUUCCCCAUGAAAGGGAAACACAAGAUCUGGAAGUUGGAGAACCAGUACCAUCAGGCUGCAAAAAAAGGGUUAAUACCAUCGGCCGCAGAAUGACCAGACCAGGGCAGAACAGAGGCUGAUGAGUCAUCUAAAGGACAUCCGUGUGAUCACAUGGGAAGAACACUGGCCCCUAGCCAGCAGUAUUAAGUGUUGGCUUCCUCCAUUUAGGGGAUUCAUGACAUGAGGAAAAUAAGUGUUGUAAGAUAUGUAUCUUAUUGUAAUAUAAAUAAAAAAAAUAAUUCUUGACUUGCA